AUGCUGAAGGUAUUGAGAGCCGAAUCCCUGCAGCUACUCAAAAGGAGCUACAGCAGCGCUGCACCCACCACAAAGCUCUAUAUUGAUGGCCAACAUGUGGAAUCCAAGACUUCAAACUGGAUUGAUCUCACCAAUCCAGCCACCAAUGAAGUUAUUGGCAGGGUACCAGAAGCCACAGACGCUGAAAUGAAAGCGGCAUUAGAUUCGGCUAAGAAAGCUUAUAAAUCAUGGAGCCAGAGCACCAUAAUGACCAGACAACAACUCCUUUUCAGAUUCGCCCGCUUAUUAAGAGAAAACAGCAGUAAGCUAGCAGCUAAAAUUACGGAAGAACAGGGCAAGACCCUCGCUGAUGCUGAAGGCGACGUUCUCCGAGGAAUUCAGUCAGUGGAGCACUGCUGCAGCAUCACAACCCUUCAGCUGGGUGACAGCAUACAGAACAUUGCCAAAGACAUGGACACCAUUUGCUACAAAGUGCCUAUUGGUGUCGUUGGUGGUGUGGCGGCCUUCAAUUUCCCAAUCAUGAUUCCAUUGUGGAUGUUCCCGCCGGCGAUUGCAACCGGUAACACCUGCAUCAUCAAACCUUCGGAGCAAGAUCCUGGCGCGACUCUGAUGACCAUGGACCUCUUGGCUGAAGCUGGCGCCCCACCCGGUAUUGUUAAUGUGAUUCACGGUACUCAUGGCACCGUAAAUUUCUUGUGCGACCAACCUGACAUCAAAGCUGUGUCCUUUGUUGGAGGCGAUGCUGCUGGCAAACAUAUCUACAGCAGAGCCUCUGCUGCCGGUAAGCGCGUGCAAAGCAACAUGGGCGCCAAGAACCACGGGGUGAUAAUGCCGGACGCGAACAAGGAGCACACGCUCAACCAGCUCGCGGGCGCGGCCUUCGGCGCCGCCGGCCAGCGCUGCAUGGCGCUCAGCACCGCCGUCUUCGUCGGUGAGUCUAAGGAAUGGAUCCCCGACUUGAUAGAGCGUGCAAAGGCCCUGAAGGUGAACGCCGGGCACGUCCCCGCCACCGAUGUCGGACCCGUUAUUUCAGUUAACGCUAAGAACAGAAUCCUCAAGCUCGUUGAGUCUGGUGUCAAGGAAGGCGCUAAGCUGGUUCUCGAUGGUCGUAAAAUUGUAGUUCCUGGAUUCGAGAAAGGAAACUUUGUCGGCCCAACCAUCCUCACAGACGUUCAACCCAGUAUGGAAUGCUAUAGGGAAGAAAUCUUCGGACCCGUUCUCAUUUGCCUUUUCGUCAACACUCUUGAUGAGGCUAUUCAGAUGAUCAACUCAAAUCCUUACGGCAACGGAACUGCUAUUUUCACAACAAAUGGAGCCACAGCCAGGAAGUUCAGUAAUGAAAUUGACGUUGGUCAAGUUGGGAUCAACGUACCUAUUCCCGUACCUCUUUCUAUGUUCUCCUUCUCUGGAACUCGGGGCAGUUUCUUCGGCACCAAUCACUUCAGCGGCAAACAGGGAAUAGACUUCUUCACUGAACUCAAAACAGUAGUUUCAUUCUGGAGACAAAGUGAUGUAUCACACGCUAAAGCUGCAGUAUCUAUGCCAACACAACAGUAA